UCCUCCCCCGCGCGCGCAGGGCUUCAUUCGAUCAAAUCCUUCAUCUGGGACCACUCGCCGAGUCGUACUUUUUAACACUGCAGAACAAUUGGACGAGCCACAAUUUGCGAGGAGUUCUGUUGCUUAACAUCAAUUACAGUCACAAAGGAAAGAGUUUAAAAAAAAAAAGUAUUGUAUCCAGACUGAGCAUCUUUCUUUGCCACCAGCUAUGGAGAGGGUUGUCAGAUUAUGCCCUAUUUGGCACAAUAACGUUUUGGGGUUUAUGCUUUUGAUAAUCAUAUAUUUCUUUCUAGCCGCUAAAUCAGAGCUAACUUGCAGAUCAUGUCAGCCGGGAGAUAAGGGGCGUAUUAAGGAAUUACUGCUCAAAACGGACACACGAGAAUUCGCAACAGGGUACGGAGAGGAAGUUAUUUCAAAUGGAGACGGGGCAACUGCUUCACGGAGUUUAAAUUCUGCAAGUGCCGAAACUCAACAGCUUGAUUGCGCAGCUGGGUCCGAUGCAUGCAUCCAGGGGAAAUACAUCUACUCAAGGCGAAAACGGAAUACUGACAUGCUGUUCCGUUCCAAGAACGCACUACUCGAUGGAGGAAUGCACUACGGUGGUGGUAAACAGAGAAAAUUCACCCCGCGCGGUGAGUACAAAGUUUCCAACCUGAAAAUGAACCUUCAUGCAGGAAAUACAGAUGUCGGGAAGUUUCGCGCAGAUUUAAUUCCCGGCAUCACACACAAGCACCGAGUUCGUAGGAACAGCCCGAGAGCUAAUAUUGGGGACGAUAAAGUGAAGUCCUCCGGCUCACCCAAGAGAAGGGAGACGCUGCCACUGAGUUACUAUCGAGAGGGCAUCACCUCACCGGCUGGGCGCAGCAGAGUGACACGGUCCGAAUUGCGAUGGAGCAACGAGGACAGGAGAGCGGCCAGUUCGAGGCAGGACGAACUCAAACUCACCAGUUCAACCUUCGCUUUGACCGGAGAUUCCGCUCACAACCAAGCCAUGGUGCACUGGUCUGGGCAAAAUAGCAGUGUGAUUCUCAUGCUGACCAAGCUGUUUGACUUCAACCUGAACAGUGUCACGGAGAGCUCGUUGUGGAGAUCAACCGACUACGGAACCACUUACCAGAAGCUCAAUGAGAAAGUGGGGGCGAAAACAAUCCUCAGCUACUUGUACGUCAGUCCCAACAACAAGAGAAAGAUCAUGCUUCUGACUGACCCGGAGGUGGAAAGCAGCCUGCUGAUCAGCUCCGAUGAGGGAGCCACCUAUCAGAAGUACCGCCUCAGCUUCUACAUCCUCAGCCUUCUCUUCCACCCCGAGCAGGAGGACUGGAUCCUUGCCUACAGCCAUGACCAGAAGCUGUACAGCUCGGUGGAGUUUGGAAGGAGGUGGCAACUUGUCCAUGAGAGGGUGGCUCCCAAUCGAUUCUACUGGUCAAAAACGGGUUUAGACAAAGAACCGGGCUUAAUUCACCUGGAAACCAUCAUCUCUGAAGGACAGGCGCUGUACGUCACCUGCAAGCUGCAGAACUGCACCGAGGCCAAUAAGGGCAAGCCGUUCCCUGGCUACAUUGACCCCAAUUCCCUUGUGGUGCAAGACGAGUAUGUGUUUGUCCAGGUGUCAACUGGUGGGCGUCCAAUCUACUACGUGUCAGCCAAGCGGGAAGUCUUCACACCCAUGAAGCUACCCAAAUACACCUUGCCUAAGGAUCUGCAUGUGAUCAGUACGGAUGAGAACCGGGUGGUUGCGGCGGUGCAGGAGUGGAACCAGAACGACACCUACAACCUGGCCCUGGAGAACGUGUCAGCAGACUGUAUAAUAUACAAUGUCAUGAUAGACCUGUAUGAGGUGGCGGGAAUAAAAGGGAUGUUCCUCGCCAACAAGAAGACUGACAGUGUGGUGAAGACUUACAUCACCUACAACAGAGGGAGAGACUGGAGGCUCCUGCAGGCUCCCACUGCUGACCUGAGGGGCAACAGCAUCCGCUGUGAACUACCAUACUGUUCCCUACACCUCCACCUGCAUGUGUCGGCCAACCCCUACACGUCGGGGAAUAUCGAGAGCAAGGACUCUGCCCCGGGGAUCAUUGUGGCCUCAGGCUCCAUCGGAGCGGAGUUGACCACCAGCAACGUGAGCAUGUUCAUCACCUCGGACGCCGGCAACACGUGGAGACAGAUCUUUGAUGAGGAGUACAGUGUUCUCUACCUGGACCAAGGAGGGGCCCUGGUGGCUAUAAGACACACUCCACUCCCCAUCCGACACCUAUGGAUGAGUUUCGACGAGGGGAGACAGUGGAAUAAAUACAGUUUCACCAUGUCGCCUCUGUUUGUGGACGGGUUGCUAGGGGAGCCGGGGGAGGAGACUCUCAUCAUGACGAUCUUUGGCCACGUCAGUCACCGGUCCGAGUGGCAGCUAGUCAAGAUUGACUUCAGGUCCAUCUUCAACCGGAGAUGUACAGAGGGGGAUUACCAGACAUGGCACCUACACAACCGGGGCGAGCCGUGCAUCAUGGGAGUGAAAAGAAUCUACAGGAAGUUGAAGCCCAUAGCCAGGUGCGUUAUGGGUAAGACAUACUCUGUCACGAUGACCUCGGCGCCCUGCGACUGCACAGAGGCCGACUUUGAGUGUGACUAUGGCUACGAGAGGCGGAGUGACGGCAAGUGCACCCCCGCCUUUUGGUUCCUCCCAUCGUCCAUGUCUAGAAGCUGUACCACAGGGACUACUUUCAUCAACAGCACUGGCUACAGGAAGGUGGUGUCCAAUAACUGCACAGCGGGAGUCAUAGCAGAGUACACGGCCAGGAGGCAGCACUGUCCUACCCAGGCCCCCAAAGGCCUGCACCUCGUCACCAGUGAAGGAAAGCUGACAGCUACGCUGGGCACCAAUGUCACCUUCCUGGUGUUUCUUGAAGAGGGCGACGGAGCCAGGACGAGCAUCAUGGUGGACUUCGGGGACGGUCACGCUCUGACCUACUCCAACGUGAGCUCCAUAGAGGAUGGGGUCAAGCACGUCUAUAAGGCUGUGGGGAUCUACCGUGUGUCCGCUACAGGAGAGAACAGGCUGGGGUCGGAGAGCGUGGUGCUGUACCUCCACGUCACAUGUCAGCUGGAGUAUAUCCAUCUCUCCGCUCCCUUUGUGGCGGUGAAGAGUAAGGAAGUCAACCUCACCGCUGUGCUGUGGCCGAGCCAAGUGGGAACAGUCACCUACAUCUGGUGGUUCGGAAAUAACACUGAGCCGAUAAUCACCCUGGAAGGGAGCGUGGCGUGCACGUUCUCCCGGGAAGGCGUCAACACUGUCACCGUGCAGGUGUCCGCUGGGAAUGCCAUCCUGCAGGACCGGAAAACCAUCGCUGUCCACGAAUAUUUCAGGUCACAUCUACUAGCCUUCUCAUCUAACCUGGAUGACCACAACCCCGAUGUGGCCGAAUGGAGACUGGACGUCAGCAGAGUCAUCAAGAACUCCAUGGUCAAAGCCACAGGGUUGAGCCCGGAGCUGCUCCUUGUCACCGUCCUACCAGGGUUGCCCACGGCUGCAGAGUUUUUCCUCCUGCCAGACAAAGAGUUAACAGAGGGCAAGCCAGAGAAGAACUCAGCUCAUUUAGACCAGCUCUCUGAAAUCUUGCUUAGCGCCCUCAACCAAAACCUGGUCCAGUUCACCCUUCGGCCUGGGGUCCAGGUCACAGUAUACACUGCACAUUUGUCAGCAGCGCCCCUAGUGGACACGAGUGAGAACCACAGCGGCUCGGCCAUGUUGAUGCUGCUGUCGGUUGUGGUUUUGGGUUUGGCGAUAUUUGUCGUCUACAAAUUCAAAAGGAAGAUCCCAGGCCUCAACGUCUAUGCGCAGAUGCAGAACGAAAAAGAACAAGAAAUGAUCCCGAGUCCAGUAAGUCCGACGGAAAGCACCCUGGUGUCCCCGAACACUCCGAUGGAGCUGGUGACUUCUCCGGAGCUUAUGGACACAGAGUUGAACACAAGGCCCAUCGGAUGCAUCAAACCUCACGCACAUGUCAAGUUCUCAACGGAACUCCCCACGUACAUCAACAUUUAAAAACUCUGGACAACCCCGAAAACAGCAACUCCAUUCUGUGUCAUGGACUUUUUGAAUCAUUUGAGCGGACACAAUGGUUUUGAGCUUUAUACCGGUGCAUGUUGGACUUUACUGACUUUGCUGACACUUACUGUGCUCUGUGAAAACCAGAAGAAACUGUAUACAGGUUGUUGUUUUUUAUACGUAAUAUAAGUCUAUCCAAUAAAAAAUCAUUUUUGAUGAAAUGUAUUUAUACAAAGUCAAGGACAUAACUACAAAUGGAAAGCCAGCAUGAUCUAAAGAAAAAAAAGCAUAAAAAACAACUCUUUCGGUUAGCUUACUGUAAGUGUCUUACAUCCUUUUUCGCUACUGUGUGUUGCUAACAGAGGUGGUACACUAUUUAUUCAUAAGAAUAUCCUUUAAAGUAUAUCACAUUUAUUUUGUAAAUCAUGAAUGUCUGUGAUAUAUGUGUAUUUUAAUAACAAAUUGCAAACUGAAAAACGAUAUCAAUUAUUAAUACAACCAUUUUGUUUCCGUUCUGUUCACUGUCUCAUGAAAAGCUGAUUAUGGCACAAUACUCUUUUGUACUAAAAUGUUUUGUUUUUGCUUACAAUGUAAUAAUUCGAAGACAGAUACAGGGUUUGGUAGUCACUCUUGAUUUGGUGAUUUUAUUGAACUUUGCUGUUAAUCUCUACACUUACGAGCUAUAUUUAACGAGAAACACUAGUUGUAGGACACUUAGUUUUUUUCCCCAAUGUAAUAGCUUGGCCUGAGAACCAUGGCGCUAGCCUGCUACCAUGAUAGGGACUUCAAGAGAAGCCAAUGUAGAUACAUUGUGUUUUCAGUUCCCUCUGACACCAUGCAUGAGUUACACUUGAUUUCAUAGAGGAGAACUGGGCAAAGGGCAGUUAUUUGGGGGGCAUCAAAAUCGGUCAAUAUCCUCUCAAAGUAACUUUUUUCCCCGAAGUUAACUGACGUCCCAAUUUGGAGGUUGCGAAAGUUAAAAUGAAAAACAGCUGCUUUAAGAUGAAAUAUCAAUUGGAGCAUUCAGAGCGAAAAAAAGAGUGGACUGCCUUUUAGGGAAAGACACACCAGGGCAUUGAAAUAGGAAGAACAGAACUGCAAGUCUAGUCAGGAAUUUAGUUAAUGCAGCCAGUCAAGCUCAAUGCUGGUUAAGGUUGGUGACACAUUUAGGCUAAUGUCCCCCAGUCUCGGCCCUGUGUUCUCCAUCUCUGUAGCGUAUUAUACCCGCUUUCAAGAACCAAAGGAAGUAGAGCGCAGAUGGUAGGGUACAUGGAUGGUUAACUUGUUUUGAGAAGCAGGGUUAGACUCAGUCAAACCCCAAAGUGUUGUUCUGACAGACGUGAUUGUUUGGUUGAUGGUUAUGGCAUUUCAGAAGACCCUUACCGUCCUUGUCAUUCCAUAAAGACAAUUAUGGAGGGGAAAUUGUUAUAUUUCUGGAAUCUUCACAUAACCAUUAUUCUACUGUAGCUGGACAGUGAUGCUAAAAUAUUCCAAGUGACUUGAACUAUGUUGCAUACAUAUUGUAUACACACACACGAACACCCACCCACCAACACACAACCUAGAAUGUACAGUACCAGUCAAGUUUGGACACACCUACUCAUUCAAUGGUUUUUCUUAAUUUUUUAUGUCUUCAAUAUUAUUAUACAAUGAAAUAACACAUGGAAUCAUGUAGUAACCAAAAAAGUGUUAAACGAAUCUAAAUUUAUUUUAUAAUUAAUAAUAUAUAUAUAUAUAAUAUAUGCCAUUUAGCAGACGCUUUUAUCCAAAGCGACUUACAGUCAUGUGUGUAUACAUUCUACGUAUGGGUGGUCCCGGGGAUCGAACCCACUACCCUGGCGUUACAAGCGCCAUGCUCUACCAACUGAGCUAUCAAAGUAGCCAUCCUCUGCCUUGAUGACAGCUUUGUACUCUCUUGGCAUUCUCUCAACCAGCUUCACCUGGAAUGCUUUUCCUUCACUCUGCGGUCCAAGUCAUUCCAAACCAUCUCAAUUGGGUUGAGGUUGAGUAAUUAUGGAGGCCAGGUCAUCUGAUGAGGCACUCCAUCACUCUCUUUCUUGGUCAAAUAGCCCUUACACAGCCUGGAGGUGUGUUUUGGGUCAUUGUCCUGUUGAAAAACAAAUGACAGUCCCACUAAGCACAAACCAGGUUGGAUGGUGUAUCGCUGCAGAAUGCUGUGGUAGCCAUGUUGGCUAAGUAUGCCUUGAAUUCUAAAUAAAUCACAGACAGUGUCACCAGCAAAGCACCAUCACACCACCUCCUCCAUGCUUCACGGUGGGAACCAGACAUGCGGAGAUCAUCUGUUCACCUACUCUGCGUCUCAGAAAGACAUGACGGUUGGAACAAACCAUCUCAAUUUUGGAUUAAUCAGACCAAAGAACUGAUUUCCACCAGUCCAAUGUCCAUUGCUCAUAUCUCUUCACUCAAGCAAGUCUCUUCUUCUUAUUGGUGUUCUUUAGCAGUGGUUUCUUUGCAGCAAUUCGACCAUGAAGGCCUGAUUCACACUCCUCUGAACAGUCGAUGUUGAGAUGUGUCUGCUACUUGAACUCUGAAGCAUUUAUUUCGGCUGCAAUUUCUGAGACUGGUAACUAACAAACGUAUCCUCUGCAGCAGAAGUAACUCUGGGUCUUCCUUUCCUGUGGUGGUCCUCAUGAGAGCCAGUUUCAUCAUAGUGCUUGAUGGUUUUUGCGACUGCACUUGAAGAAACUUUCAAAGUUCUGGAACUGUUCCGCCUUGACUGACUUUCAUGUCUUACAGAAAUAAUGGACUGUUGUUUCUCUUUGCUUAUUUGAGUUGUUCUUGCCAUAAUAUGGACUUUGUUUUUUACCAAAUAGGUAUACCACCCCUACCUUGUCACAACACAACUGAUUGGCUCAAACUCAGAAAAUAAAGAAGGAAAUCAAAUUCUACAAAUAAACUUUUAACAAGGCACACCUGUUAAUUGAAAUUAAUUCCAGGUGACUACCUCAUGAAUCUGGUUGAGAGAAUGCCAAGAGUGUUCAAAGCUGUCAUCAAGGCAAAGGGUGGCUACUUACAUAUAAUAUAUUUUGAGUUUAACACUUUUUUUGGUUACCACAUGAUUCCAUGUGUUAUUUCAUAGUUUUGAUGUCUACACUAUUAUUCUGCAAUGUAGAAAAUUGUAAAAAUAAAGAAAAACCUUUGAAUGUGUAGGGAUGUCAACUUUUGACUGGUAGUGUAAAUCGAGAAAGAAACAGGACAAUGUUCAUGUCUUUGACCUUAAAUAAGAGGUCUUUCACAUAGCAAUGUAACAAUGAGUUAGAUAUGAACUAUCUUCCAAUAGUGUUUUAUAGCAAAGCUUCUUUUUUCAUUAUGAAAAAGGGCCCAUCCUCCGGUUUAAACAUGUAUAUUUGAGGCUGCAUGCUAGUACUUUUUUAAAUAACAAACCUAAUUUCUUCUGUUUUUAUUUUUUACUUUCAAAUCGACAAGAACAUAGGUAUUUCCUCUCAAAGAAUACUAUAAAGUUGCUAUUUUAUGUGUAUCAAAAACUAUGACAUUGUAACAGCUUUUGGCUAAUGUUUUAACAAAUGACUGGUUGAACUACAGAAUAUAGAACUCCAUCAGAGCAGCAGGAAACUCUAGCAAUAUGACCCUAUAUUUACUCCUGAUUAUCACAUUAAAGGAUUUAAGAGACUUUUCUGAGUGAAUGGUCUCUUUAACAUAAGUCUUCAAAUAACAAGCUUUCAUGCUCCAUAUAAGUAUUUUGACCAACAGAACAAUGGCGGAGCUCUCAGAACCACCCCUUAGGCAAUAUUCAGCUGAGAACGAAUCCACCGGCCCACACUGGCUCAAGUUAAGCACCUUCUGCCUUUGAAUCCUUCAGGUUCACAAAUGGAGGCGGACAGGUGGAACUUCCUGGAAGCUCUGCUGGCAAGUGAUAGGGAAACUCUGGGCCGGGAUGUUCAGACAUUUUGUGAUGUUAUAACAUACUAUGAUGUCACAGGACAGGAACCCAAGGUGUGGGCUGGGCUGUAUAUACGAAUGACAGACUAGCGAGAGCAAGAGACGGGCAUGUCCAGUUCUCAACAGCCUGAAUGUCUUGUUUCUAAAGCAGUUCUAAUAUGGACACCGUAAAACCUUGUUUAACAUCUCAAACAAGGUCUGAUUUCUACCAGUGAAACCAGCAGUACGGUGUCCAUUUUAGGACAUUAUCCAGCUGUGUGAAGGCAUUAAAAGGAAACCAGCAGAGACACUUCACGAGGACUUGAUUUUUGUUCAUCCCUAAGCUAUAACUUCGCUCUCUUCCCCCAUAGAGUUAGUGAGAUUAUUUUUGUAGACAGAGUUUUAUUACUGUAAAGCUUUUAUAUAAAAAUACAAAAGUUUAGGUGUACAAUAUUUUUUGUUUUGACCUUUAAAUGUGCUGUGUGUAAUUGUUUUAUGCAUUUACAAUCAUAUUUAUUAAAUUAAAAAGUUGAUGUUAA